AUGGAACUGUCUGAAAAACGGUUUGACCACCUGAAGUUGGUCAUACUUUUAAAGGCUCGGAAUGACUGGUUGAACUUGCGGCUGCAAGAUUUUCGAUCAGUGGCAGCUUAUAACUCUGCUCUGUUUAAAAUAACCUCGACACUGAAACUGUAUGGUGAAGAUGUCACUGACGAACAAAUGUUAGAGAAAACAUUUACAACCUUCCAUGCCUCGAAUGUGCUCCUGCAGCAGCACAAUCGAGAGCGUAAAUUAAUGGAAUAUUCUGAGAUAAUUUCUUGUUUGUUGAUUGCAAAGCAGAAUAAUGAUCUUUUGUUGAGAAACCAUGAAGCUCGUCCCGUUGGUUCCGCAGCGGUGCCUGAAGCACACGCAACUACGUCUUUUGGACGGGGAAAUAAUCAUGGUAACAAAGUCAAACGUGGAAAUGGUAAAGCAAACCAACGUGGGGGCCACAAAAAUGAGCGGGAAAAAGGUACCCGUUACCAGUCGUACCAAAGGCCGCUGAAAAUUGCGGAACCAAAGGAACCGAAGCAAGAAAAAGAAAAGGGUUCUUCUAGUCAACCUCCUCAGAAAGAUGUUUUCUAUCGGUGUGGCUUAAUUGAUCACUGGAAGCGUACCUGUCGUACGCCGAAACAUUUUGUUAAGCUCUAUCAGGCGUCCCUGAAACGACCUGCCUAA